AUGUUCUCGCCUUCAUCUGGUUGCAGCAGUGGGUGUCGGGCACUGCGUGGUUGGAGGCCCAUGAGGAAGCCACGGCGGAGGGGCCACCUGGCCGGGGGAGGGGAUGCGGGUGGGAGAAAGUCUUACCAAGCUGGUAGGGGACGAGGGGGGGCCCGGCAGCGCUCCCCUUCACCCUACAGCCUCAAGGUGUCCCCCACCAGAGAGACACUGACUUAUUCCCAGGCCCAGAAAGUGGUGGAAGUUGACUUGGAUGGCAGGCUCCACCGGAUCUCCAUCGUGGACCCUCUGACGGUCAUCACAGAGGGCGAGAUGACGGCCCAGGACAUCACUGAGUGCAACAGCAACAAAGAGAACAGCGAGCAGCCCGUCGCACUCGCCAGCGCCAACCCCGGACGCAAGCCGCCCGCCAUGCCCAGAGGCCGCAAGAAAGACUCCAAACAUUCCUCCUCCACAUCGUCCUCUUCCUCCACCCCUCAGAACCACUGCCCCAACUCUCACUCACAACCUCACAACAAGACCAACUCCUCCUCACACAACCAUCAUCACACCCCCCUUCCCGAGCCCACCUUUCGCAUGCUGGAGGCCUUCAGCCCCUGUGCGGCGCCCCCUCUGCCCAUGGCCUACUACCGCUACAUAGAGCGCUCAGCGGAGGAGCAGGAGGCGGAGGCAGAGUAUGACAUGGAUGAGGAGGACGCGGCCUGGCUGGAGAUGGUGAACACCAGGCGGAUGUCAGACGGCCACACCACAGUCUCCCCCGACACUUUCGAGCUGCUGGUGGACCGCCUGGAGGAGGAGUCAUACCGGGAGGCUCGCAGCCGGGCGCCCUCGCAGAGCGCCAUCGACGACGAUGCCUUCUGCUGUGUGUGCCUAGACGACGAGUGCCUCAACAGCAACGUCAUCCUCUUCUGUGACGCCUGCAACCUGGCUGUGCACCAGGAGUGCUACGGCGUGCCCUACAUCCCAGAGGGCCAGUGGCUGUGCCGCUGCUGCCUGCAGUCGCCCCAGCGGCCUGUGGACUGUGUGCUAUGUCCCAACCGGGGUGGCGCCUUCAAGCAGACCAGUGAUGGGCACUGGGCCCACGUGGUGUGUGCCAUCUGGAUCCCCGAGGUGUGCUUCGCCAACACUGUGUUCCUGGAGCCCGUGGAAGGGGUGGACAACAUCCCGCCCGCCCGCUGGAAGCUCACCUGCUACCUGUGCAAGCAGAAGGGCCGUGGCGCUGCCAUCCAGUGCCACAAGGCCAACUGCUACACAGCCUUCCAUGUCACAUGCGCCCAGCGCGCCGGGCUCUUCAUGAAGAUCGACCCCGUGCGAGAGACCAACGUCAACGGCACCACCUUCUCGGUAAAGAAGACCGCCUUCUGUGAGGUGCACUCACCUCCGGGCCAGGAGAGGGGCGCGGGGGGAUCGGACGAGGAGGAUACCACGGGGAGGGCGUUGGGGGGCCGGGCCAGCCGGGGGCGCAGUGCCUACACUGAGGCCCCACAGGUGCAGAAGCGGCGCAAGAAGGAGGUCAAGCACGGGAAGAGGAAGGGGAAGAAGGGUCUGGAGGCAGCUGCCCACCGUGCCGCCACUACACCGAUGAUCGUAGUUCCACAGAUCCCCACUCCAAGGUCUGUCUGUGUUCACCAGCUUCUUAUUGUUGUUAGUGGCACUUUAGCUGGCAGGAUUCUACCUAUACUGCCAUCUGCAUUUGGCUCGUAGGUAUAUAUUAGUGUGUAAGUAUCUUAAACGUACAUGGGGCCUCAUCCUAACUCCAGAUGCACGUUGACAAUGUGCAAAGUUUCAUGUUGCCCAGACGGUAUCUUAAGUUAGGAUUUGGCCCAUUGUGCUUAUGACAAGAAUAACUUUCAAAUGUUGUAGUAAUGACUAGUGUGUUAAACUCCUCCCGAUGCCACACAGGUUGAAUGCCAUCUGCAAAGGGAUUCUCGUCCAGAGGAAGAACCAGUUCAUGCAAAGGCUGCACAACUAUUGGCUCCUGAAACGCCAGUCACGGAACGGGGUCGCACUCAUUCGUCGCCUGCAUUCCCAUGUCCAAUCACAGAGGCACAUUGAACAGGUCAGAUGUCAUUGGGCACUCCAAGGUCAAAGGGGGCGUUAACAUCAGGAGGUUAUUCUGUCGUAUUCAACGUAAUAGAACAGUGCAGAUAUCAGUAGAAAUAUACAAUCUGAAGAAAUAUCAUCGGUAGAGCUGGCUGGCUCCAUUUAAAAUUGUGUAUGUUUUUGGAAUCAUGUGUUCUAAUACAUUUCUAACUGUUAAAUUGAAUAUGCUCCUCGGAGUAUCCUAUAACAAUGAUUAUGUUAAGUCAACAAUGAUUAUGUUAAGUCAAUUCAAAUCCCCAGCUGCAUCUCAAAAAUAUUAUGUAGAGGCCUCUUCUCCCUUCAUCUUCACUGAAUAAAUAGGACAAAACGGACAGGUGAAAGCAAUAUGGUGGGACUUUACCCGGAAUUUGCUUUUGGCCUGUUCCAAUUUCUUUCCCAACAUGGCAGAUGAAGGGAAUGAGAAGACAAGUGGAAGCCACGCCUCAUACAAUUGAAGCACCCCCUAUAUUGUGUGUCGGGGAGUUGUUUGAAUUCAUCUCUGUGUGUGUGUUUGCAGCCGGAGCCCGAUGAGAAGGUGUGUGCUGUGAGGGAGGAGCUGAAGUACUGGCAGAAGUUGCGACAGGACCUGGAGAGAGCCCGGCUACUGGUGGAGCUCAUCCGCAAGCGGGAGAAACUGAAGAGAGAGCAGGUAUGGAGACUAGACUGUCUGUUUAUGCACUUGCUCUAUAUGUCUGUCCAUGCUUUGACUGUUCAGGUUGUUACUGAAAAAAUACAACUUAUUCUCAGUGUUUUCCCCACAUAAAUAAAGGUUAAGAUGCUCUCUUCACAAAAAAACUAUUUCAUACAGUACCUUCAUAUAGUCUGCUGAGGAAUUUAGAUUUACAUGUGUGUUGCUGGUCUCCCCUCCGAACUCGAACCCAUCUCACCCUCCACUCUCACAAAGAUCAAGGUUCACCAGGCGGCCCUGGAGCUACAGCUGACCCCAGUGCAGGUGCUGCUGUGCUCUACACUGGACCAGCUGCAGGAGAAAGAUGCGGGCCAGAUCUUUGCACAGCCCGUCAACCUCAAGGAGGUCAGUCACCAUGCUAAUACUGUAGAACCUCAGAGUUACUGACUGGUCAACCGAUUGGGCAAUAUCAAACCGGGUAUUAAAUGCAAAACUUGUGUAUGCUAAAGACAAACGUAAAUGUUGCAUAUGUGUUAAAAACAUAUUUACAGUACCAUAUUAAUUUACGCUGUCAAUAUUUUUUUAUAAAGGUUAGAAGCUGUUUUUACAUGAAUUUCAAAGUCACCUGACAUUUUAUUUUCCCCAAUGACCUCCAGUCCUGAAUCUCUGAGGAUCAGGGAAAAUGAUACAUAGCCUGCACAGUACUGAGAUCUGUUUUAUUUGAUACUGGUUAUUUGAUUCUUUCAUAUGGUUUAUGGCGUGUUGCGGGGGUGUAGUGAUGUGUCCUGCUGCAUCCGUCAUGAAAGACUACCACGUGUUCUGUUCAGCUUUGUUGGGAACUGCCGACAAGUCAAUGUUAGACCCGUUGUCCGUUCAUAGUCCGUUUCCCUCUGUUGCUUAGUUUAGGGUGCUUAUGUUUUUGACUCAGCCCCAAAUCACCCCGCAUCUCAAGUCCUUUCAGAUCUGCAACAGAUUAAUGUCAUCAAUAUGAUAAUGGCGGCUUGGCGUUAGACCAGGGGUCUCCAACAGGUUGAUCGCGAUAUCAUUUGUAUCUUAUUUGUUAUUUGCAAACUUUGCCAUUAAAUGAGCAGCAACGGUGCAGAACCAUCGCUAGACCGGCACAUUCCUCACUCGCUAGAUGCGAGGAAUUACACUCAAAUAAAAAUGGGUUGGUUUUCUUUGACAAAAAAAUAAUGGUCUUCUGAUAUGAUUAUUUAAGCAUUGACAUGGACUCAGAACAUCCAAUUUAGUUGUUUCUCUAUGAACAAUACCGUAUACCAUGGGUAUGACAAAACAUGUAUUUUUACUGCUCUAAUUACAUUGGUAACCAGUUUAUAAUAGCAAUAAGGCACCUCUGGGGUUUGAUAUAUGGCCAAUAUACCACGGCUAAGGGCUAUGUCCUAGCACUCUGCGUUGCGUCGUGCAUAAGAACAGCCUUUAGCCUUGGUAUAUUGGCAGAAAGAGAACAGUGCACUACUUUCUAUUGUACACUAAGGAGCUCUCAUGGGGAAAAAGGUUGGAGACCCCUGCUUUAGACUAUCUAUAUGUGUCCGUCUCCCUGACUGUCUUUCUGCUCUUCCCCCUCUGUCCCCCCAGGUCCCAGACUACCUGGAGUUCAUCAGCCAGCCCAUGGACUUCUCCACCAUGCGCUCCAAGCUGGAAGCCCACAGUUACAGCUCGCUGGCCCACCUGGAGGCAGACUUCAACCUGAUGGUGGCCAACUGCCUGCUGUACAACACCAAGGAUACACUGUUCCACCGUGCUGCCCUGCGUCUCCGUGACAUGGGGGGCGCAAUCCUCCGUCACGCCCAGCGACAGGCCCACAACACUGGCCUGGACCCGGCCACGGGCAUGCAUCUCGCAGAGUCGCCCCAGAAACACGACUACUACCGCUGCACCUGGGAGGACGGUGAGUGACGCAGUGGCAUGGAUGUUGGCUCGUUUUUGAUUCUGAACCUGGGGCCAAGCUCUAGGUGAACGUUGUGGAUUCUCAUUAUUAGAGCUGACGUGAUUCCUUAUUCUACACGUCAGAGAGGCACGUUUGUUCUAUGUUGAACGUCACCCGGGUCCCAAGUAAACCUGUAGCAACAAAUGUCUCUAUGCUAGGCUAGUACUGCUGCUUCCACCGCCCCCCCCCCCCAAAAAAAAAACCCCAGAUAGAGAUAAAGGUCAAAUACAAACAAAUCUAAACCUCAUAGUGUGUAUGUCAUAGAAACCGUGGCAGUUUUAAAUUUAGAUCAACUUCAAACCUGUGUUUGUGUAGCCUACCUGUUCUUUGAUCUGUUUGUAGCACAGAUACUUUGUUCUCAUUUAUUUUGGAGUGAGCUCAAGCCUGUGAUGAAUGGUGAUAUUUAGGGUAACACUUUCCCUGAGCUAUUUUGAGUUGCUUUAUUGUGCUGAGGAGUUUAUCGUCUUGUGGGCUAUGAUAUUGACAGUGGUUUCACCACCGACCCAAUAAUAAACCCAUCUCUGUGUGGCGUUCCGUCCCUUGUAGUGGACACCCUGCUGGACCCCGAGAACCGUCUGCACAUGUCGCCUGAGGAGCAGCUGAAGGAGCUGCUGGACAAGCUCGAUGUGGUGACCACCAUGCGCUCCAGCGGCGCCCGUACCCGCCGCAUCCGCCUCCUGCGCCGCGAGAUCAACAGCGUCCGCUACCGACAGGGCCAACACCACCGCCACUCGCUCCUCAACGGAGACGUCAAAGAUGAAGAAGAGGAGGAGGAGGAGGAGGGGAAAGACGCAGAGGCUGACAACGGCCUGUCGUCUUCAGAUAAAGGUGGGUGAUCAAAGCGUUGGCAAUGUAUUGUUGUAUGAUAUUGGCGUUUAAUUACCUAUGGAAACCGACUAUUUAAUGAUCUGCUCUGCUGAAACGAGACCGGUUGCAAUCAUGAGCUAACAGCAAAUUAUCCUCAGGUAAUUGAGCCAGGGUCCCCCCACGCACCAACCCAAAGCACUUCACUGUCUGCAGUCUAGUAAGUAGGGUCCCACGUAGUUGCCUCACAACCCUCUCCAGGCGCACUCUGCGUUUCUUCUCGUCCUCUGCACCGCCACCUCAUGGACUCGCCUCCAUUGGCCUCAUACAGUCAUGUCAUCCCACCUCUGACACCAAUGUAGUACAUUUCAGGGGGGGAACUGAGAAUACUAGGCAAUCGAACCUUGGUCAAGCAUGCUAGUGUUUAUGCCAUUAAUUAAUAAGUUGUGCUAAUUCACCUAUCCAUUUGUUUUGCUGACUUGUGUGAAUUUUUGACUUUGUAUUGGAUGCCCUAACUAAUCACGACAUGAUGAAAGCCUAGAAUCAAUCAUAUAAGUAUUAUGUAAAUGAAUUGACAGUUUGAUCAGUCCCUUUCUCCGCUUUCAGAGGACCUCAAAUGUACCCCUCCCCCAACGCUGGAGCCAACAUGCCUGGCACCUCCCCCUCUGCAGGGAGAUGUGCCCCUGGAGCCCCCCACGCUGCGCCCCAUGACGGGGGAGCUAAGGACCCUGGGCCAUCCCUACAAGCGCCUGAAAUUGGACAGCGAGAGCUCAGAUUGUGGUACUCCCACCCUUGACUCUACAGGGAAUUGCACUAAAGCAGAAGAGGCGCUCAGUUUACACUGUGGCGGGCUGGUGGUCAACGGCCUUUCAGACCCUUUGUCCCCACGCCCUGCCACCGCGGGAGUGGGGCGCCGGACUUCUGUGCUUUUCAAAAAAGCUAAGAAUGGAGCAAAGCUGCUUAGAGAGAAAGACAAUCUUAGCGGCAGUGCCCCCCCGACCCCCAACUCAGCUUUAAGUACCCCUUUAUCCACCCCGUCUAAGAUCCCCCAGCAGACCCCGACCCCAUCCUCAUUCACCACACCCGAAUGGGGGACCCCUAGUCGAGGUGCCAUCUCAGAGGAGGAGCUGGACAAGACACCUAACCAUACCCUGGAGACUGGUGAGUGGCUGAAGAUGCACUUCUUUUGAUUUAAGCCUAAUUUAUACAUUUUUUGUAAUUCAAGAACGCAAUUAGCUACGUAAAAUGGCGGUUUUAUGUACUUGGGUAGCAGGAAAACAAACGUGUGCGGCCCUGAAACUUGCAACUACGCAGGAUCACAAUUUUGCGUAGUUAAUUGUGUUAUUGUGUUGCAUACUUGCAUAAGUUGUAAAUUAGGCUUUAUAUUCAGCAAGUGUCUGGCAUGUCUGACAAUUGGUUUCUGUCUUCUUUCAGGACUCACCAAUGGGUUCAAAAAGCACAAUGAUGGUGGUUCUGACUCAGACUGUAGAACUCCACCAAUCCUUCACAAAGAAAUGUAAGACAUACGCUAACUCCUCUGAGUGUUAUGAAUUUUUAUAGUAUCAUGUUUUUGGGCUGAUCUCAUGUUAAUGUAGCCAGUGAAAAUCGGAUGAUAACCUAUCUGCAGUACAACAGCACAGCCUACUGAAAUACUGUGUACCCCAACAGCAGCGCACCACCCAAACGAAGCCUCGGAAAACCAGCACUUUCCAAAGUACCUUUCCUGGAGACUGUUACCGGGGAUGCAGAUUACACCGCUACGGGUAUGAGAAUCACAGUAUCAAUGUUGGACAUUUUUUUUUAAAUAGUCCUCUUUUUCUCUUUUUAAAUAUAUAGUAUACAUACAGUACCAGUCAAAAGUUUGGACACACCUACUCAUUCCAUGGUUUUUCUUAAUUUUUUACUAUUUUCUACAUUGUAGAAUAAUAGUGAAGACAUCAAAACUAUGAAAUAACACAUAUGGAAUCAUGUAGUAACCAAAAAAGUGUUAAACAAAUCAAAAUAUAUUUUAUAUUUGAGAAUCUUCAAACAGCCACCCUUUGCCUUGAUGACCGCUUUGCACACUCUUGGCAUUCUCUCAACCAGCUUCAUGAGGUAGUCACCUGGAAUGCAUUUCAAUUAACAGGUGUGCCUUGAUAAAAGUUCAUAUAAUGGCAAGAACCGCUCAAAUAAGCAAAGAGAAACGACAGUCCAUCAUUACUUUAAGACAUGAAGAUCAGUGAAUGAACUUUGAACGUUUCUUCAAGUGCAGUCGCAAAAACCAUAAAUCGCUAUGAUGAAACUGUCUCUCAUGAGGACCGCCACAGGAAAGGAAGACCCAGAGUUACCUCUGCGGCAGAGGAUAAGUUCAUUAGUUACCAGCCUCAGAAAUUGCAGCCCAAAUAAAUGCUUCACAGAGUUCAAGUAACAGACACAUGUCAACAUCAACUGUUCAGAGGAGACUGCGUGAAUCAGGCCUUCAUGGUCGACUUGCUGCAAAAAAAACCCUACUAAAGGACACCAAUAAGAAGAAGAAACUUGCUUGGGACAAGAAACACGAGCAAUUGACAUUAGACUGGUGGAAAUCUGUCCUUUGGUCUGAUGAGUCCAAAUUGGAGAUGUUUGGUUCCAACAGCCGUGUCUUUGUGAGAUGCGGAAUAGGUGAAUGGAUGCUCUCCGCAUGUGUGGUUCCCACCGUGAAACAUGGAGGUGUGAUGGUGUAGGGGUGCUUUGCUGUUGACACUGUCUGUGAUUUAUUUAGAAUUCAAGGCACACUUAACCAGCAUGGCUACCACAGCAUUCUGCAGCGAUACGCCAUCCCAUCUGGUUUGCACUUAGUGGGACUAUCAUUUUAUUUUUCAAAAGGACAAUAACCCAACACACCUCCAGGCUGUGUACGGGCUAUUUGACCAAGUAGGAGAGUGAUGGAGUGCUGCAUCAGAUGACCUGGCCUCUACAAUCACCCAACCUCAACCCAAUUGAGAUGGUUUGGGAUGAGUUGGACCACAGAGUGAAGGAAAAGUAGUCAACAAGUGCUCAGCAUAUGUGGGAACUCCUUCAAGACUGUUGGGAAAAGCAUUCCAGGUGAAGCUGGUUGAGAGAAUGCCAAGAGUGUGCAAAGCUGUCAUCAAGGCGAAGAAUCUAAAAUAUAUUUUGAUUUGUUUAACACUUUUUUGGUUACUACAUGAUUCCAUAUGUGUUAUUUCAUAGUGUUGAUGUAUUCACUAUUAUUCUACAAUGUAGAAAAUAGUAAAAAAUAAAGAAAAACCCUAGAAUGAGUAGGUGUGUCCAAACAUUUGACUGGUACUGUAUAUAAAACAUUUUGGCCCGUUGUUUCCUAGGGAAACUAACAUUCAGUCAUAAAUGCUAUAUCCACAUUCACAUAUAUUCAGACUCUAGCUUUGAGAAAGACUGUUGAAAAUGGUCAGCGUCUUGAUUUGAACAAUAUGAAAAUGGCCUAUCCUGUUGCGGCCUACAUUUUCUUGGGUGUUAAUAACCACUUUCCUUUUUGGAUGACAGAACUCUACCGCACCCAAGACCCCAUUUACUACAAAAGCCAUUGUGUCAUUUGCAUAUUUGUAUUUAGUAUUGACACUUGUCUUAUCCUGUCUGCAGGCAGUGGUAUCCUGAUGCCUUUUGAAAAUGUAGUGGUGCUGGAGCCCCUGGACUUGGUCUGGGCCAAGUGUCGGGGAUACCCCUCCUACCCUGCAUUGGUGAGAGAAUGCAUCGGGCAAUCAUCUGCUCGCCUACACUGAUACAGGUCCCAAAUGAAGAGAUUAGCAGUUACCUGGUCUUAGUAUCAUAGGGUUAGCACUUGGAAAUUGAUUUAUGGUCUGAAAUAGCAGGAGAUUUCAAGUUAGGUCACUCUAAAUUCCACUAACACAAAGCAUAUUGCAUUAUAGGAAAUAUUUGCUGUUCAGUAGACUAACAAUCUCGGAAGGUUAGUUCAGAAUCACACUGGAUUAGUGUGUAAACAAUGUCCCAUACUGCUCAGUGUUUGAUGCCUUUUUACUGUAAAAAAAUAAAUAAAUGGUAAUGCCACCCUAAAAUCCAGUGUAACACUUCAUUUGGCCACAUAUUUGCUGUAUCUAAUGUUAUUAAUGGGUUUUGAAUUGUCAAAAUAAAACAAAUCAAUUCAUCUUUUCCAUUGGCCAGAUCAUUGACCCUGAGAUGCCCCAGGAGGGCUUGUUGCACAACGGGGUGCCCAUCCCCGUGCCCCCGCUGGACGUCCUGCAGCUGGGGGAGCAGAGGACAGAGGAGGCUGGGGAGAAGCUCUUUCUGGUGCUCUUCUUCGACAACAAGAGGACAUGGUGAGAGGAGGGUGGUGUUUGGGUAGCACUUAAGUGAUCACAAGCAGCUCUCUAAUCUCUCAUUCUAGGGCUGCUUCAUAUCUUUGGGUUCCUUCCUACCUUGUAGGGCAGGGCUAUCAAACUCAUUUUGCCUAGGGGCCGCAUUCGGUCUUCAACGAGGUCCGGAGGGCCGCACUGAAAAUGUGUUAUUUCCUCGCUGUCAACAUUGGCAAAAAAUUGUCCUCUAUCUGUCGUUUUGGGAAUGUUCUAUGCUCCCUGACUGGUUCUGUGAAUAUUAGCUAGCUGGACACAGUCAAGAAACUGUAUGAAUGUAUGUCCAUUAUCAUUUCUAUACAGUUUCGAUUUGGUUUUAGUUGUUUUAAAGUGUCUAUACACAUUGUUUUAUUUUGACACCUCUGUUUUGCUUUUGUGUAUUGCGUCAAAUGGCAAUUAACUAUAUAUAUUUGAGCUCAUAGGGGUCAAUAACUGUUAGAUAGAAACAUUCCUCUGUUUAUAGUGCACCUGACUUAAAAACCCAUAAGUAGAAAGUAUGGCCUGGUCUGUGAAAGUGUAUGUGAUUCAUAUAAGAGGAAGUUCACUGUAUUGAAAUGUGCGGCUUCAUUAGGUCUAGUUGACCUUUUUCCUGGAUAUACACUUAAAUAUCCAGUGCCUGCUCAAAGCCAUUGGAUGUGCAUGCGUACGUUCCUCAGCUAUAGAUGUAUUUGCUUCAACCGACCUCACCUCUCUUCUCCCCUCUGUAGGCAGUGGCUACCACAGGACAAAGUGACUCCUCUGGGUGUGGACGACACUGGCGACAAGCUGCGUAUGAUGGAGGGCAGAAAGACCACCAUCCGCAAGUCUGUGCAGGUGGCCUACGACCGCGCCAUGGUCCACCAGAGCCGCGUGCGCCGUGACCAAGCCUUUGUCACCUCCAACUACCUGUAG